GUGCUCUUGCAGCUUACAUCAAUUUCUAACAAGAAGGUCCACAAAGACUACACGCGUUGUAGCCUUCUAGGUUUUUAAUAUGCUUACGCACAACUCUUGAUAUACGUUAUUAUAGUAGAGAGCGAAACAGGCACAAAAACGGCCCGAUGCUAGGUUCACCCUGUCCCACUUGUGGAUACGGCAGUCGCGUUGCCGGGUGCACCUUCUCGAUCUCCCCGAAACCUACUAGGUUCAUCGCGUGCAGAGGGGUUGGAAUCUUCUCGACACGCUGGCAUGACCAUGCCCGCUCAUCAUCGAGAUGUCUGAACGACGAAAACUAGUAAUAGUUGGGGGUUCUCUAACUGGGCUGACAGUCGCAAACCUUUGCCAGAACGAAUGCGAUGUCAUCCUAUUGGAGCAGAACAAUGCGCUCUACUCAGAAAAGCACAACGGCGGAUUUUCGCUUGGACGCUGGGGCCGAAAGAUAUUCGAAGAAUACAUCCCUGCGCCUGAUUUGCUUGAACGCUCUAUACGCGGUGAACAGCUCUUAAUAUUCUCCCCAGACAACGAUGAGAUGGUGCCUGUGCCAGAAGAGCAUCGUGUUGUAAUGACUACUUGGCUCGAUUUGUACCAGGUUCUACUGCGAGAUGUUGUUGUAGAGUCCGAGAAAAACUGGAAAACAGCGAGCGAAGCACGUCCAACGCUCCGCAUAGACGCGAAUGUGGAAGACGCACAGUAUGAAGAUGGCAGGUGGACUAUCACAUAUCGCUCGACAGCCACCAAUCGUGUCGAGACAGAGACUGCCGACAUGCUCGUCGCCGCAGACGGUGCCCAAUCUACCAUACGAAGGCUCACGUCACCAGGUGUGGUGCCCAGCUACGAGCAGGUCGUGGCAUGGCGCGGCCGAGUGCCAGCCGAUGUUUCUGUCGAUGAAGAAAAGGAGAUUGAUGAACGAAUCAAGAAUGGCCUGCUUGUCUGGUACAAGAUGCACGGGUCUCAAUAUAUCAUCCUGUAUGGUGUGCCAGGCUUUGGCAAUGCCGAUGACAACGAUGAUAUGGUGAUCGAAUGGUGUUGGUAUCAUCCGUACGAGCAGGAUACCGACCGAGACCUUGAAAAUGUCAUGACUACGUUCGUAGACCGAGGGCAGCAUGUCAAAGGACGUGCAGAGAAAUGGAAGGAUUAUCUUGACGCCGCCAAAAACAGCUUUCCAAAAUCCAUCUGGGAGAUGCUCUCAAAGUGUGAGACCCCUUGGAUUACCAAAGUGAUUGCUGCCCCUCUGACUAUGAGACCGAUCUCCGUCGAUGAGCUUGAUGGAGACACCGACGGCGAAGAGACCGAUGAAGAAAGUUGGGAUCAGGGUGGUGACACGUCCGCUUCGUCACCACAAUUAAAAAGGCUUUGGUUCGCCGGUGAAGCCUAUGCUCCACUCCCGCCUUUCCUGGGUUCGACCUUUGAGCCUGGUGCCGAGCAUGCUGUGGCCAUUCUAAACCUCAUCCAAGGUAAGAGCGAUGAGAGAGAACUUCGGAGCUGGCAAAGUGGGGGUACAGCACAGAGGCUAUGGUCGAGUAAAAUGGCUGGCUGGGAAGGGAUGGGCCUGCCAGACACCAGGACCUGACGUCAGGAAUCUUGUGCGCAACCCCUGGAAUGCGCAACCAAUUUGAAUACGUUCCUAGAUAUUGCAGAGGUUGCACCUCAUGACCAGUUACAAAUCCAGUUCAUCUCAUUGUCG